GUGAUUGUGCCCAUCCUGACGAACCGGAGGAACCAUCAGGGCUGGCCACGAGUGGUGUCACAGGACAUCAUCCAUCACGUGCACAGCCUGAAAAACACUGUCUUCAAGGUUGUUGGCCAGGUGAAGGGCAAGACCUUGCUGCCUCUUCCAGCUGCCUCGGAGGGAAUCGAGAACAUUGAUCCUAAAAGUGAGAAAUUCUUGGAGCUGAUCAAUAAACCCCUUGUGCAUGCCACCGAGUCAGCCAUCAUCGAGUGGAGCCAGCAGAUCCAGAGAGUGCUGAGGAAGGAGUCCUCAGAGCCCCUCCUGCAAGGCACCAACCCCACCCCGAAGGUGGAGCUGCAGUUCUGGAGGAGCAGGUGUGCUGACCUGGAGGGCAUUCACAGACAGCUGACGUCCAGGAGGGUCAGCAACAUGCUGGAGGUGCUGGAGAGAGUGCAGAGCAUCUACGUGCCAGCCUUCCAAAGCAUGCUCGGGGAUGUGGAGGCAGCUCUGAGGGAAGCUCAGGACAUUGACCUGCACCUGACAGCCCUGCAGCAGCCCCUGGAGCGCUUGGAGGCAGCUGAGUUCAGCAAGGUGAAGCCUCUCCUGGUGCCCCUGCUGCACGUGGUGUGCUGGAUCUGGGCCAGCUGCCAGCACUACAGCGUGCCCCUGAGGCUGGUGGUGCUGCUCCAGGAGAUCUGCAACCUCCUCAUCCAGCAGGCUGUGGUGUACCUGUCCCCAGAAGAUCUGCUGAAAGGAGAGGUGGAGGAGAGCCUGGGCAAGGUGCAAACAGUGUCUGACGUCCUGAGUGCCUUCAAAGGGGCGCUGGAGGAGAGGAGGGCAAACCUGCAGGUGUACUAUGAGCCAGGCCAGCAAGUGAGGAGCUGGGACUUCCCCUCCAGGCUGGUGUUUGCAAGGCUGGACAGCUUCCUGCAGAGGCUGCACAUGGUGAAGGGCCUCCUGAGCACAGCCCUGGACCUGGCCCAGCUGGAGAAGAUUGAGUUUGGGGGCAUGAGAGGGAAGGCCCUGGGCCAGCAGGUGCUGGCCAUGCACGAGGAGUUCCAGGAGUGCUACCAGGUGUUCUCAGAGCGAGCCUACGACUGCCUGGACCUGGCCAAUGUGGAAUUUGAGCAGGAUGCCCUGGAAUUCCAGCAGAAGGUGCAGGACAUUGACCGGCGGCUGGGCACCGUGUUUGGCCAGGCCUUCAGCGACGCCCCGGGCAUGGAGCACAUCUUCAAGCUGCUGGCCAUGUUCCGGAACCUUCUGGAGCGCCCUGGGGUUGCUGCAGUUGCUGCUGACAAGAUCCCUGUCCUGCUCAGCAUGUUCAGCUCUGCCGUGGACCAGGCCAGGCUCACCUACAGCAGGCACACCCAGGCAGGGCUGCAGCUCGGGUUCCCCCCCCUGCACAAGAACGCCCCUCCCGUGGCCGGAGCGCUGGGCUGGGCGCGGGAGCUGCGUGCGCGGAUCCAGCAGCCCUUGGAGCACCUCAGGCACAUCCCAGGGCUGAACUUGGACUCUGCCCGUGGAAGACUGGUGAUGCAGAAAUAUGAAGAGAUGAUCCAGCUGCUCGACAGGUACCAGGAGAAGCUGUAUUUGGACUGGUCCCAGACAGUGUCAGAGAAAUCCCAGUACAACCUGGCCCAGCCUCUCAUCCGACGAGAGGCACAGAGCAAACUGAUCAGGGUCAAUUUUGAUCCCCAGCUGGUGGCCGUGCUCAGGGAGGUGAGCUACCUGAGGCGCAGCGGGGCAGGAGCCAUCCCCCCGGCAGCAGCUGAGCUCCAUGCCUGCAAGGAAUCCCUCUGGAAGCUGGUGGCCAGCCUGGAGCUGAUGGCCAACAGCUACAACAAGGUCCUGAGGUCCCUGCUGGAGGUGGAACAUCCUCUGGUGCAGGGGCAGCUGCAGGACAUCGACGUGAGGCUGAGAGAGGCAGAAGAAACGCUGACCUGGAAGACAGAGGGUGUCUGGGAUCACAUCUCCGGGGUGGUGAGUGAUGUCUGUGACCUGGAGCAGAGGGUGCAGAAGGCCAAGGACAACGUUGAGGAGAUCCAGAGCAUCGUGCGCUCAUGGGGAUCGCCCAUGCUGGAGAGGAGGGACCCCAAGAGGGAGGCAGUGCUGAGCCUGGAGGAGUGCCAAGAGCGCCUGGAGCGGCGCUACAGCCUGGUCAGGGAGGCUGGGCACAGGAUCCACUCCCUGGUGGAGGAAAACCAGAGCCUCCUACGUGCAGAGCCAGCCUCUGAUGCCUGGAAGGGGUAUUUGGAUUAUGUGGAUGAGAUAGUUCUGGAUGGAUUCUUCACUGCCAUUGAGUGCUCCCUGAAAUACCUCCUGGAGAACACAGACCCCAAGGCAGGGCUUGCUCCCCUCUUUGAGGUGCAGCUGGAUUUGGUGAUCCCAGAUUUGGUGUUUCGCCCUCCCUUGGACCCUGGCACCAGGGAUGGCUUCUGUGACAUGGUGGAAAGUCUUCUUCAGGGCAUCUUCCACAUCUCCUUGCUGGUGCCCCGGCUGGCUGCACACAGUGGCUUCAGUCACUACCAGGCUGCCCUGGAGGCCAUGCCCUCGCUGUGCUCGUGGCGCCAGGAGCUGCUGGGAGCUGGGCCACCAUCUCCAUGUCCCUACACCUGCAGACACUGA